CGCCGGGCCCCGGUUCCAGGUGAGCAGCCCCGCCCGCUCUGCCGGAGGCCGCGCUCGCUGCCCGCUCACACCCUGCGGGAGCUGCGGGUGCAGAGCCCUGGGGCGCACGUGGCCAGCCCACUGCCACACCCGAGGGACGGAUUUCCGUCCCCACCUCGGCCCUGGUGAACCCUGUGGCUGGAGUACCUCCUGAUCCCACAGUGAUGCCCACCUCGGGGCGCUGCCAGGUGCCAGGGUAACGCGUGUGACAUACAGUGUGCUGAGAAGUGCUGGCUGUCACUGUGAAUGUCCGUGGUGGGGUGACGCCCGGGCAGGGUGCGCUGGCCUGGCUCCAGAAGACCGGGCCUCUCCAGCCCCCACGGCGCACCCGUUUGCUGCGUGGCCCGUGCAGGCGGUGGCUGCUCCUGGCUGAGUCAUCCAGAGACAAGCGUCCAGCCCAAGCUCUCUACAGCCCUUCCCUGCGCUGCCCGGCGGGCCCCGGGAGCUGUGUCCAGCUGUGUCCGCUUAGCUGGGGUGUGACCUGCAUUUGAACUUGCUGCAGAGAAAGAUGUGGAUCUCCUGUUACUGGAAAACAGGAAUUAGCUUGUCUGCUUGAGGAUGUGGUUGGUUCUUUAUAAAAAGGAUACAGAAGAAAUUCGCACAGACUGCCAGCUUCAUUAUGCUGCCGACAGCUUCCAGCAAAAGGAGAACGUUUGCAGCCAGAUAUUUCACUCGCUCCAAAAGCCUGGUGAUGGGGGAGCAGAGCCGGAGCCCCAGGAGGCCACUGUGCCCGCACAGGCCGGGCCCUGUGCUGAAGGCAGGCUGGCUGAAGAAGCAAAGGAGCAUCAUGAAGAACUGGCAGCAGCGCUGGUUUGUGCUGCGCGGGGAUCAGCUUUUCUACUACAAGGACAAAGACGAGAUCAAGCCCCAGGGAUUUAUUUCUCUACAAGGGACCCAGGUGACCGAACUUCUUCCUGGCCCUGAGGACCCAGGGAAGCACCUCUUUGAGAUCAGCCCAGGUGGUGCCGGGGAGCAGGAGAAGGUGCCGGCCAACCCCGAGGCGCUCCUGCUCAUGGCCAGCUCCCAGCGUGACAUGGAGGACUGGGUGCAGGCCAUCCGCCGGGUCAUCUGUGCCCCUCUGGGCAGAGGUACUGCCCGUAGAUCGCAUGCCCACCCUCUAGAACCCUUGCCUCCAGGGAUCUUUGGGCAGCGCCUGGAGGACACAGUCCACCAUGAGCGGAAGUAUGGCCCCCGCCUGGCACCCCUGCUGGUGGAGCAGUGUGUGGACUUCAUCCGGGAGCGUGGGCUCACUGAGGAGGGGCUGUUCCGAAUGCCGGGCCAGGCCAACCUGGUGAGGGACCUGCAGGAUUCCUUCGACUGUGGGGAGAAGCCACUGUUUGACAGCACAACAGACGUGCACACGGUGGCCUCCCUGCUGAAGCUCUACCUGCGGGAGCUCCCUGAGCCCGUGGUCCCCUUCGCCAGGUACGAGGACUUCCUCAGCUGCGCCCAGCUGCUCACCAAGGACGAGGGGGAGGGCACUCUGGAGUUGGCUAAACAAGUGAGCAACCUUCCUCAGGCCAAUUACAACCUGCUCAGAUACAUCUGCAAGUUUCUGCAUGAAGUUCAAGCGUACUCAAAUGUCAACAAGAUGAGUGUCCAGAACCUGGCAACCGUCUUUGGACCUAACAUUCUGCGGCCACAGGUUGAGGACCCAGUAACCAUCAUGGAAGGCACUUCCCUCAUCCAGCACCUGAUGACGGUCCUCAUCCGCAAACACAGCCAGCUCUUCACAGCACCCACCCCGGAAGGGCCCACCUCCCCGCGCGCAGGCCAGCAGUGCGCAGUGGGGUGGGGCUCCGAGGAGGUCACCAGAGACAGCCAGGGAGAGCCUGGUGGCCCCAGCCUGCCGACGCACAGGACUUCUUCCCUGGAUGGGGCGGCCGUGGCGGUGCUCUCCAGAACUGCCCCCACGGAGCCGGGGAGCCGGUGCAGCCCCGGGAAGAAGGUGCAGACCCUGCCCAGUUGGAAGUCCUCAUUCCGGCAGCCGGGGUCCCGGUCCGGAAGCCCGAAGGGGGGUGGAUCGUCCCUGGAGGUGCCCAUCAUCUCCUCUGGCGGGAACUGGCUCAUGAACGGGCUGUCUUCCCUGCGCGGCCACCGCCGAGCCUCGUCGGGAGACCGGCUCAAGGACUCGGGCUCUGUGCAGAGACUCUCCACCUACGACAAUGUGCCCCCUGCGGGCCUGGUUCCCGGCACGCCCAGCGUGGCCAGCAUGGUGUGGUCGGGGGCCUCGUCCAGCGAGUCGUCGGCAGGGGGCUCACUCAGCAGCUGCACGGCCUGCCGUGCCAGCGACUCCUCCCGCAGCUCCUUGCACACCGAAUGGGCCCUGGAGCCCUCCCCGCUCCCCAGCAGCAGCGAGGACCCCAAGUCCCUGGACCUGGGCCACAGCCUGGAGGAGGCGGGGACGGGUGCCAGCAACAGCGAGCCGGGCAGCCCCACCCGGGAGCGUGUGCGCCGCUCCGAGGCCCUGCAGGGGCUGGUCGCGGAGCUCAGGGCGGAGCUGUGCCGCCAGCGGACUGAGUACGAGAGGAGUGUGAAAAGAAUGGAAGAAGGGAGUGCAGACCUGAGAAAACGAUUGUCCCGGUUAGAAGAAGAACUGGACCAGGAAAAGAAAAAGUUCAUCAUGCUGGAAAUAAAGCUGCGGAACUCUGAGCGGGCACGGGAGGACGCGGAGAGGAGGAACCAGCUGUUGCAGAAGGAGAUGGAGGAGUUUUUUUCUACCCUAGGAAACUUGACUGUUGGGGCAAAAGGUGCCAGGGCCCCAAAGUAAAAGGAAUGGCAGAGCUCACUUCUGUGCCACAUCUGCUGAUCUCCAGCCAUGCUCAGAGUCAGAAGCCUCUGUGUCUCCGGAGGGGCCAGGUGCUCCAGAACCAGCUGGAGAGAGAUCCUGAUAGUCCUGUGGGGGCUGUCGGGACCCCACACAGACCACGUGGGCUCUAGAUGCUGCUCCAACCAUGCAGCUCCUGGUAGGGUCAGAAGGGGACGGUACCAAGAGCAGUGCUUAGCCCUUACCCAGGAAAUGUCACCCAUGGCCACAGAAAUGGAGGGCACCCAGGAUCUGGGCAGCUGCUGGCAACAGUUAGCUUUCUUUAUUAAAUGUGCUCACAAAGCAUGGUGCCUUGCUACCUGGCUCAUUUUUCAUGCCGCACAAUAUAGUGCUUCUCAGGUGACUGCUCCUGUUUCUCCAAGGGCUGGGAGUGCCCUGAGGCGUGCCCCUGGGUGGAACAGCAAGUGCAUCGUGAAGUGGAUAUGAAGCCCCCGAGGGGCAGCAGCCUUGUGCUUUCAGCUCUCUCAUCUGGGUGCUGAAGGUGGGACGCCUUUCCUCACUCUCCCUGUCCCCCAGCCUCUGGACCUCUGCAGCUAGUUUCUGUCUUAGGAGUUCCCCUGGGCCUUCCACCAUGGCCCCAGCUCUGCUCCAGGGCCACAGCCUGAGUGGGUGCCCAGUGUCGGUGCUGUGCCUGGGCGAGGUGUGGGCAAGUGUGACUGCCCUGCAGGAGGGCUGAGCCAAGGCCAUGGGAAGCGCCUGUUCCUGGUCCUCCAGGUGCCCACCCCUCACCCUGGGCCCCUGCCCGGCUCCCUUCCAGAUCCCCUUCCCUGCUGUUCACCUCCCUCCUCUGGUUCAUCCUCAGACUUGAAGGCUCCAUUAGGGCAAAUCCCUCCAGAAAGCCUUUCCCAUCCACAGGGCACCCAGGCCAGGCCCGACGCGGCUGGAGCUCCCGGGCUGUGCUUCAGGAGGCAGCGCAGCAGUGCCUCUGGGCCCAGUCACUUGUUCCCCUCACAGUGUGUCCCGAUGUGUGGCCGGCCCAAGCCACCCCUCAGCAGUAACCUGUAGGGGUCUGUUCAGGGAGUGAUGGUCACCAAAGCACCCAGUUUCUGACCACAGCCUCUAGAAACGUCACUCAGGCCCAACCAGCCCUGCCUAGAAUCAGGUAUAAACUUUGCCCACACAGGCUGAUGCUUUAAAUGCCAGGGGCUCAGUGCUCCCAGGAAAUGCUGGCUUCCCACCAGGAAGGCAGGCCCGCAGGGCGAGACAGGGUAGCUCCCACAGUGUGGCCAGCUACCUACUGUCUCUGGGCAGCUACCAGUAGGUAGGCAUCUGCCUGGGGCCCUCAGCAGCAUUGAGAUCUGGGUGCUGGAGUUUGGGAGGGGCUGGGGAGAGCGGCAUCUAUCUUUGCUCAGCUGCCGCCAUGGCGAGCCAGCUGUCUGGGUGAUGAGAUUUUCCCCUGGGGUUGAGAUGCUGCCCUCCCCUCUAUUCAAGGAGAGAGAAGAGAAUACGAGGUGACUUUGAGUACUCAAAGCAACCCAGCAAAGUAGGAAAUUGACCCUAUUCUCCGUAUUUAGAGGAGAAACUGAGGCUUGGAGAAAUCGGGUGGGUACAGAGACUGAUGACCUUGUUGAGUUUUCUCACCCCAGCGCUGGAAUUCUAAUUUUGACCUGGAGAGAAAAUGCCGCCAGAAAAACCCAUGAAAUGGGUUUCCCUUGAUGAAAGGAAGCUUGUCUGGCUCAGCCACUAAUCCUGGCAAAGGCUCAGGCUCCUGCGGAGUUCACAGUAGGGAUAGGAGUUCGUGAACGCCUAAGUCACUUCUGCCACCUGCUGGCCAAGUAGGAUCUGCAAAUGCAGUUCUUAUCUCAAAAUGAAUUGAAAUUACUCAGUUCUGUUUUCCAAUCUCUAGGUAACCAGCACCAGACAUCUUGUCUGUAAAACAUCUGACUUGACUGUCAGGCACACUAAGUGACAAAGGCCAUCGGGGCUGGUGGGAGGGGGCUCUAGUAUCCCCACCCUUACCCCCUUCUCUCAAUUGAGUUACCUUUGCUGAAUCUGUUCCCAAACUGACAGAUUCCCACUGUACUACUGUAAUGACAUUUAAUAUGAAGUAGACCCACGAAUUAUGAACAUGAAAUGGCAGGGAGCUGAUUCAUUGAAACCCUGGAAUGCUUUAGACAGACUCAGUAGAAGCAUGUUGCUAAAAAAUGUUCUCAAAUUAAGUAUGGAUGAGUGAGACAGGCAAUAGCAAGAAAUCAGCUGAACCUGGGAUUCUGCUUCCGAACACUUUGUGUCGUAAAACUUGUGUUCGACUUUAAAGAAAUACUGGAAAUUGUGAAUGUCUCAUACCAAAAGAGUUGGCUUUUAUUAAAAGAAUAACAUGAAUGUA